CACCCGCUUCUUCUUUAUAUCUUCUCGAUCUCUCCCUAUGUAUAGGGCGCGCAAGGAUCCAGGAAGAGCAAGACCAAACUAAAAUGGGUCCAGAAAAGAUGGAGAAGAAGCAUUAUGUCCUGGUGCAUGGUGCUUGCCAUGGAGCAUGGUGCUGGUUCAAGCUGAAACCACGUCUCGAAUCCGCCGGCCACCGUGUGUCGGUGCUGGACCUGGCGGCUUCCGGCAUCCACCCCGCCAAAAUUGAAGAUCUUGCUACUAUCUCUGAUUACUCUGAGCCCCUGUUCAAGUUGUUGGCCUCCCUCCCUCCCAAUGAAAAGGUGGCUCUUGUGGGACAUAGUUCGGGAGGAUUGAAUUUGGCCGUCGCCAUUGACCGAUUCCCAGACAAGGUAUCUCUGGCUGUUUUCUUGACUGCUUUCAUGCCCGAUACCCGUCACAAACCGUCCUAUGUCCUGGAACAGUACAUGGAGAGGACGCCAGCCGAAGGAUGGAUGGACACACAAUUCCGUGAUUGUGGAAGCACAACCACCAUGUUGUUUGGACCCCAGUUCUUGUCCUCCAAGCUCUAUCAACUCUCCCCCACGGAGGAUCUUGAAUUGGCCAAGACGUUGAUUAGGCCGGGGUCCCUGUUCGUGGACGACUUGUCUAAAGCCAACAACUUCUCUCAGGAAGGAUACGGGUUGGUUCCACGUGCUUUCAUUGCUUGCAAUCAGGACCAGGCAAUCACAAUGGAGUUUCGGCAGUGGAUGAUCCAAAACGCUGGGGUUGAUGAGGUUCUGGAAAUCAGAGACGCAGAUCACAUGGCUAUGCUUUCUAAGCCUCAAGAACUCUGUGACGCUCUCCUGCAAGCUGCUUCCAACUAUGCUUGAUUACAUGAAUUCAUGUGGCUUCCUUUUUUCUUAUUUCCUACGUUUCUGUUUGCUUUAUCAACUUCGGCAGGAGACGUCAGUUAAAUUAAUUGGAUUUUCGUUCUGUAAUUAAUCAGUACAAAUUAUGGCCCAACGGUUCCCUCGUUU